AUGACGAGCAUAUCGCGUGCCCGAACGGGCUGCUGGACGUGUCGUGCCCGGCGGAUCAAGUGUGACGAGGCGCGGCCAAAGUGCCGUCGGUGUGCGCGACUCAAUGUUGACUGCGGGUACGGAGUGAGGCUUAUUUGGCACGAGGAGUCGAUGGCCAGGGGGGUUUGUCAUGGAAGAGAGGCUGUGUGGUCGAAAUGGGAUACUUUAAACAGGAAUAAAUGGACGCGAGGGCAAAUAUCUCGACAAAAUGCUGGGAGCGCCACAGCAGAGCAGAUCCCACGCAAUACGAAUCGAGAUUGGGUGUUUUUAAACACAUCCUCUCACGACCUUGAGCUCUACCUGAAUCUCCCGCACGAUACGGACAUGCCACCAUCGACUUCACUAUCCUUCCUAACACGUCCCUUGACGACCAUUCCAACAAAAGCACGAUACCUGGAUGACCCCGCAUUGCUUUCAUUUUUCGAACGCAUAAUAUGCAGCAGCUCAACCCUCGUCGACAACGCACACUACAAUCCCUACCGCUACCUCAUCCUCCCAAUGGCCAUGUCAUCUACCGGUCUUUACCACGCCACGCUGGCCAUCGCCGCAAACACGCUACGUCUAUCAAACCCAUCCUACCGCGUCCCAGCACUCGAACACCAUAGCCGCGCAUUAGCUCACCUGCGGUUCCUCCUAUCCCAAGAUGAAUGGACAGAGCGGGAACUCGAUGAGAUGAUCGGGCUUGUACUGAUGCUUUGUUGGUUCGAGAUCUCAGAUAACAGCUGUCCCGCGUGGAUAACCCAUUUGAAUGGAUACCAGGAUCUGCUUCAUACGCGGCAAUGUCGGCCUGCACGGUCGGUGCACAGUGAGCAAUUAGGCAAUUUCUUCAAUCGAUACUUUGCCUUUCACCAUGUCCUUGCGAGAACUGCUUUCCGGCUUGAUUCGUCGUCGUCUGCACUCCAGUUACCCUUGGUUCCGGCAGGUAUUGAGAAUACUGCCGCCGGCGAUCCGGAUGUGAUUGAUACAUACAUGGGCCUUAGUCCGUCGCUUUUAGUACUGAUUAACCAGGUCACAGAGAUCGCCUGGUCGGAUCCCGCUCAUUCACCGACAAGCAGCGAGCACAUCCUACAUCUUGAAAGGCAGCUCGAAAACCUGCACCAGGUCCCACCCCUCGGGGACGGCAUGAUCGAUGAGACGGAAUGUGUCGCGAUCGCAGAGGCGAAUCGACUCGGAGCACUACUCCUUCUGCAUGAAGUCGACUCCACGGUGGCAGCGUCCGGUACUACAAAAGCUACGACGACAUCAAGGCACGAAGGGAAGAACCGCUGCGUUGAGCGCAUCCUAGCCCUUAUCCUCGAGAAACGCGCGAAUAUGAUGCGCACGGCGGUCCUACCGCUAUGGCCGUUGUUUUUAGCCGGGUGUUGUGCGCCAAGUGAUGCAGAGCGAGUCAUUGUUAUGCAGCUGUUUGGAGAGUUGGAGGGGAUCCACAGGUUUGGUAAUAUCGCACCCGCGAUGCAAGUCGUGCAGAUGGUCUGGCGACAGCGCGAUCUGGCCGCACAAGACGACAGGAAAAGACAAAAGAACAACGGAACGAGACAAGCACGCUUCGAGUGGGAACGCGCAAUGAUGAUGCUGGGGAAUUGGAAACUGAGUCUAACAUGA